AUGGUCCAGCCACCCCUAGUACAGGUCCGAAACGAUGAUCUGCCAGAAGUGCAAUAUGAAGAGCAUGACAGGGUUGACUUGGGUCUAGAAAACUACUUCGAGACGCUCUGCAUGCAAUAUCGCGGAUCCGACCCAUGCUCACGACCACCCCUGUCUAAACUUCGAUUCAGAGCCCACACAGGUGCACUUAUCAACACCCUAAAUAAUAUCAUCCAAUCUAAAUUAAACACAGAUGCCGACUUGGAGGAAAUUCACCUGAUGAUCUAUUGUGCAGCUAGAACAGUACUCGAGAAAAACCAGAAGAUCCACAGCACUUCCAACGCCAGAAGAAGAGAAAGCAAGCCGAAGUGGGAAAUAAAAUUGGAAGAGAAAAUAGAGAAAACAAGGAAGAUUGUAGCAGCCUUACAACAGCUAAAGUUAGGGAAUAAAAGAAGUAGAAUCCUGAAGAAGCUUCCGAAAAAGAUGUACGAAACAUUGAUUCAGACUCCAGCUUCUGCACAUCAACAAUUGAUACUGGACAACCUGGACACAAUGAAGCAGCAACUGGCCGUGUAUGCACAUAGACUAAGAUCUUAUAAGGAAAGUAAUGAGAGAAAAAAACAGAAUGCUCUAUUCGAGAAAAAUGAGAGAAGAUUCUAUCGGGACAUCAUCGAGAAAAAGCACCAGACACAAAACACAUGUACAAAAAUGCUGGAACUGGAAAGAUUCUGGGAGGAAAUAUGGUCCAAAGAAGUGAGACAUGGGGCGGAUUCUCCUUGGAUAUAUGAAGAAGAACGGAGAAUGGCGGACAUCAACGAAAUGCCGAAUCCACAGAUGACACCUGCCGAUCUUAGCAGAGUAUUGAGUCGACUGCCCAAUUGGAAGGCGCCGGGUAGAGAUAAGGUUCGAAAUUUCUGGAUAAAAAAAUUUUCCUCUACACAUCCAUACAUCAGCGAGGAGUUCAAUAAUAUUCUGAGACAACCAUCGAGAUGUCCUAAGUUUUUUCACGCAAGGUGUCACUUAUCUACUGCCCAAAGGUGA